AAAAACACAACACUCUUAGAGUGAAAACACAACACUCUCAGAGCAUCUCACAACACCCUAAACCUAAUUUCAGACGUCGGCGAAUCUUGCUUCACCGGCGAGAAUCUCCACUUCCACCGGCGUCGAUUUCAAUAUGGGCUCGGUGUCUCGACCUAGAUCUGAUUCGGAGCUGGGUUUCUCUCGACUUCUCGUCCUCUCCGUAGCUCUAUUCUUCUGCUCCGACUGUUUCUCGUUCGCCGGACUUCUCGUCUUCUCUGUUGUUCGACUGAUAAGGAGCUGGGUCUGUAGCUUAUUGCGAGGUUUGAAGCUCUUUAUCAAGGAAGGAGACGAAGCUGAAAGGAAAAGAAGGAAGAGAUUUCAGAUUCUAAUUAGGUUUGGGUCAAGUCGCGUACCAAAAAGGAUGGUACGCCAGUCAAUACUAAUGCAGCUGAAAAGAUUAGAAAGGCAGCUGAGGUGGAGAGUAAUGAUCAGUCCACAACAACCAAUCCAAAAGAAGAUGGUGAAGAGUAAGUGUAUGGCUCAAAUGGAAGAAAAGCAACUACAUUUGCAGCGAAAGGUGGAUGACUUAGAAGCUGUAAUUGCAAAUUAUCAGAGAGGAGAUGCUGAAGUAGGUGAAAACUCAGCUCCAAGAAAGAUAUUGUCCCUAAGAGCCCAAGCACAAAUUCUGCUAAUAAGUGUAAACUAAUGGAUUGGAAUGGAGACGAAAAAGUUCUUGUUGCUGAAGGGCGGUGGAUGACACAAGAACGCAAAGCAUUGGUUAAUGGACUUCCUCUCGGGCCAAAUGCUGUAAAAGUAUUUGUGGAUGUGGUACACCGACCGGAGACCUUUCUGUGGAGGCCUACUACAGAAUUGCAAACCAUUGAGGACUGUUUGAAGUCAUUUGUAGCAUGGCCUGCUAGAAGAGUUGUUUUUGGAACAACAUCAGAGGGAGAUGCAACGACGUCACGAUCUCCGGUUGCAACUCCACGGAGGGAAACAGUCUCAUCUCAGCUUGAGAAAUCUGCAGCAACUCCAUCACCUCCUGUGAAAAAAGCUAAAAGUGCUUCAGAAUCACAUGUUGUUAGGAGAUCUCCGCGUAAGAAGGCAAACCAAGUUUCAAUGGAAAAUCUGAGGUGUAAGUUGAUGGCUAUAACUGGGAAGAAGCAGGUCGUUGCCGAAGGUCGCUGGUCUUCAAACAAUCCGGACCAAGUUGUCCACUUUGUUCCCUUGGGGCCAAAAGGAGUACGAGUUUGGGUCGAUGUUGUCAAAGUUAAAGAUGCCGCUGUUUGGAGACCUUCUGAUGAAAUCGAGGUUAUGGAAGAUGCAAUAGGUUCAUCUAUUGCAUGGCCAGAGGACAAAGUGGUUCUCUUUUGAACUUUGAAACUUUUGGUUGUUGUUGUGAUAUUUAGUAUUAAAACUUUGUUUGAACGGAUGUUUUGUUUGUGAACGGAUGUAUCGUUGGAUCUUUAUGUAUUAAUGCAUGUUUGGAUUUGAAUUA